AUGUUGAAUUCUUCCCAGCGCAUUGGUGUCAGCAAUUUCACUACUUCUUUACUUUUCCCGGGCGCAAUCUCUUUAUUAUAUAUAAGGAAGCAAUUAGACAGAAUCGCUUCAUUAAUUAAUCCACAAUCUACGCACUUUCUUUCCACCUAUCUCUUUCCAUCUCUCUUUUCCACCUCUCUCUUUCCACCUUACUCUUUUCACCUCUUUCUUUCCACCUCCAUCUUACCACCUCUCUCUUUCAACCUCCCUGUUUCUACCUCUUUCUUUCCACCUCUCUUUCAACCUCCCUGUUUCGACCUCUUUCUUUCCAUCUCUCUCUUUCCACCUACCUCUUUCCCCCUCUCUCGUCCACCUUCCUCUUUUCACCUCUUUCUUUCCACCUCUAUCUUACCACCUCUCUCUUUCAACUUCCCUCUUUCUUUCACUUUUUCCACCUCUCUCUUUCCACCUACCUCUUUCCACCUCUCUCGUUCACCGUCCUCUUUUUCGCCUCUUUCUUUCCUCCUCCAUCUCACCACCUCUCUCUUUCAUCCUCCCUCUUUCUUCCUCUUUUUCCACCUCUCCCUUUCCACCUCUCUCUUUCCAUCUACCUCUUUCUACCUCUCUCGUCCACAUUCCUCUGUUCACCUCUUUCUUUUCACCUCCAUCUUACUACCUCUCUCUUUUAACCUCCCUCUUUCUACCUCUUUCUUUCCACCUCUCUCUUUCCACCUAUCUCUUUCCAGCUCUAACUUUCUACCUCUCUCUUUCCACCUCCCUCUUUCCACCUAUCUCUUUCCAGCUCUAACUUUCUACCUCUCUCUUUCCACCUCCCUCUUUCCACCUAUCUCUUUCCAUCUCUCUCUCUCUCUCUCUCUCUCUCCACCUCUCUCUUUCCACCUCUCUGAAUCUAAAUUCUAUCUAUCUUCUAUCUAUCUAUCUAUCUAUCUAUCUAUCUAUCCUUAA